GCCGCCCGAUACCUUCGACUCCAGUCGAAUGAUAUGAAGCGCAGUCGACUUGGUCGAAUGAUUCGUGGAGUCGAAUGAUUAGUAUUAGUAUUAUUCGAAGUCGCGCAUCGUUAGUUGGUUGGUGUUAUAAAUAUUCUUUGAAUUCUUUCAUAGUGGAUAUUGUGAAUUUGUAAAAUUAAAUUGGUGUGAUUUUGUGUUACAAUCGUCGGCGCAACUAAAAAAUUAACGGAAUCUUUAAAAUAUUCACUAUAUCGGCCAAGUGGAUGUGAGAACUUUAUUGUAGUGUUGACUACCUCACAGAAACUUGUCGAGAAAGCUGACUCUAUACAUUUUGUGCCAAACACUCCAAGAAACAUUAGAAUGUGUCACACCCACAUUCUAAUCUAAAAAAGGAAGAUUGAUACUAAAAUAAGACGAUGGCUGCAUGGCUUUGCCUUUGCCUUUCCCAAUAAGAAAGAAUUAAAUUAAAAAAAAAGAAAGAGGAAUGUUUUUUUCUGAAAAUGUGAAUUAAAAUUGUGCAGAUCUACAAUUUUUUACAUUUCUAAUUCCAAUAACUCCUCAUCCGAAUUAAAUACAUAAUAUUAUUUUAAGCGAUAUAACACUGACAUAAAAUGGCGGAUGAAGAAAUCAAUGGAGAUACUGACGAUAUUCAGCAUGAUAAAGACAAGACUCAAAAGAAAACCGCAAAACAUGAUAGUGGAGUAGCCGACCUGGAAAAAGUUACAGAUUAUGCGGAAGAAAAAGAAAUCUCCUCACAAGACAUAUCAGGAGCUCUCUCACUGAUUGGGGACAGAAGAAAUAAGGAAGCUGCAGAACGCUUAGAAAAAGAAAAAGAACUUCAAAAAGUUUCAGUCAAGAAAGACGACAUUGAACUAAUAGUCAAAGAAAUGGAAAUAUCUAGGACAUUAGCAGAGAGAACACUACGAGAGCAUAGAGGUGAUGUGGUGGCGGCCUUAACUACUCUUACAAAUUAAAUUGGAAUAUU